GGCCUCCUCGCGCGCCGCGGGUCCGCGGCCCAGAACGUCGCGCCGCCGGCCGGCGUCGAGGCCGCGGAGCACUUUUUGGAUCGCGCGCUCGAGGCCAUCGAGGCCCACGGGUGCUGCGACGACUACGACGAGACGCUGCGCAAGAUCCACCUCGAGCAGAUGAUUCUGGCCAUGGAGAGCGGCGACACGAGGACCGCGCGGACCCUCGCGGAGGCCGGCGACAUCGAUUUGGAGGCGGAGACUAGGCUCGUGCUCGCGGAGCUCCUCCUCAAGAGCGGCCAGGAGAAGGGCGCCGCGCGCCAGACCGUGCUCGCGGUCCAGAGCAACAACGAGAGCCGGCGGACCAUGCGCCAGACCAUCUCGAAGCGGGGCACGCACAUGAACGUGCGGCAGAAGUCGAUGAUCUCCCACGCGCGCGGCCUCCGCGCGGCCGUCGCCGGCUUGGACGAGGACGACGCCAUGGCCGACAUGGGGCUCGGGCUCGACUGGGCCUUCGACGAGAAGCCCGACAUGCUCGUGCGGGAGUAA